GAGGGGGGAGGAAGGAAAGAAAGAGGCAGAGUGGAGACACAGGAGUCAGAGGGGCUGGUCCAGACGCUGCCGCUAAGAGGAGACCGAGAGGCGGGGGCUGCAAGUGCACUUGACAACCAACAUGCGGAGAUGUCAGAAGAGGCAGAAGUGGAUGUGAGAGAAAGAGACACCCAGAGAGACAGAGAGCAAAACAGGGCAAGAGACUUGGCUUUAAACGACUCCUGCAUUGACAACUCCAUGCAGUUCGGAACCAGAGCAGCAACAACUGAACCUGGGUUCAUGGGGACAUGGCAAAACGCUGACACUAACCUCUUGUUCAGAAUGUCCCAACAGGCCAUCCGCUGUACACUGGUAAAUUGCACGUGUGAAUGUUUCCAGCCUGGGAAGAUUAACCUGAGGACCUGUGAUCAGUGUAAACAUGGAUGGGUGGCACAUGCCUUGGACAAGCUCAGCACACAACAUCUAUACCAUCCGACUCAAGUGGAGAUUGUUCAGUCCAACGUAGUGUUUGAUAUCAGCAGCCUGAUGCUGUAUGGGACCCAGGCAGUACCUGUGAGGCUGAAGAUAUUGCUGGACCGACUCUUCAGUGUGCUCAAGCAGGAGGAAGUAUUGCACAUUCUCCAUGGCUUAGGCUGGACGCUGCGAGACUACGUCCGGGGAUACAUCCUUCAGGUGAAUCUGAUUAAAGUGAAUAUCAAGAAUGUUUGGCGAGCCUCCGAAGGAAGAAGGGAAAUGUCAUUAACAGGGAGCAUGCAACCUGAAGGAAGGAGAUGGGCAUUACUGCCAGGCAGCCAGCCCCAACUUUUAUGGUGUGUAUAUUAGCCCUGUAGGUUUUUGUUCUUCCUUUUAGCAUCUACUGAUGCUUAUAGUCUCUUAUUUCUAUAUUUACUCAGUUAUAUUACAACUUCAGCCUCUUGUCCCUAUAACAUUGAUCUUCUCCCUUAUUCCCACCCCAGGGAAGAUUCUGGGUUAGGAAUCUUCCUAAGUUGUUUUACGUAAGGUUCAAUAAUGAAGAAAGCUAUAACAAAGGUGAAAUAACUGGGACUUUGUUCUGGGGUUUCAACUUUAGAGAAUUUGUAGCUACUUGCAUUCUUUUAGGAGACUAGAAAAGAAAAAAAAAAGCCCUGAACUUAGCAAACUAGUUAGAAAGAAUAAUUAAUUAAGAUGGGAAGCAACUGUAAGGUGGGCUUGGGUCACUUUUUUCUGCACUUCCCCAAUGUUUCUUCUUUCUAUCCCAACAAACUUUCCCAGAAGGGAUAUUUCUGUAUCCUCUCCCAGCUUAAACUGAAAGCUUGCUUCAUAUAGAAUGCCCUGAAUUUGACAUGUGGGGAGGGAGAGUAUAGUUAGGACUCUGAUACUCUUAGAUCUGGGU